AUGAGGAUGAUCAUUGACCUAAAGACUCUCAAGACCAACAACACCAAGGGGUUUUAUUUGCCGGUCUUCUUAGUCCCGAAAAAGAAUAUAUCAGAGAUGAGGAUGAUCAUCGACCUAAAGACUCUCAACAAAAGAUAUCUGGUACCACCACCAAAAUUUUCAGAUGGAGUCCAUACGGAAAUUAAAGUCAACGUUGGAGACAGAAGACUGGCUUAUCAGCCUAGACCUACAAUAUGCUUAUCUUCACGCCCAUCUCAUCGGAAAUAUCUACACUUCGCAAUCAAUGGCCGACGCUACGAAUUUCAAGUCCUACCAUUCGGAAUAGCAAUAGCCCCAUGGCUGUUUACCAGGAUUACAGCACCAGUCAUCAAGUUUGCUUACAUCCAGCUCGUUCGAAUCCAUGGUUACCUGGAUGAUUUCUUAGCAGCAGACCAAGAGAAAGCUAAACUAUGUCUGAACAUGAUAUUCUUGGUUCAACUUAUGACCUACCUAGGCUUUCUAGUCAAACCUUCCAAGUCCGAGACUACUCCAGUGCAAGACAUCAUAUACAUCGGAGCAAGAUUUCAGCUAGACAGAGGAUAUCUAUGCCCACCACCGGAUCGAUUCAUCAAGACUAUCAAGAUGAUUCAAUCACUCUCAAGUCAACUCAGCAAGAUGCUGAGGUGCUGGAUGUCUCUUCUAGGCAACUUAUCUUCUCUACAGGAUAUAGCCUUCGGAGGAAGGCUGAUGCUACGUCCUCUACAGACUUGGAACAAUCCUAUACGAUCUUACGGCCUAGAGUUCCAGACCCAGUUAACUCCCAGAUUACUACGAGACCUCCAUUGGUGGAAUCACGGAGAGCAUGUGAUGAGUGGCAUCCCUCUGACUUAUCCGAUGCCAGAACACCAUCUAUUCACAGACGCGUCAGAUUCAGCAUGGACGAUCUCACAGCACAGGGAUCGUGGAAUACAGGAGAGAAGAACCUUCAUGUCAACUGCAGGGAAAUGA